UCUAGAAAAGCGGCGGUCUCGGCUCCAGCGGCAGUAGCAGCGGCGCCGGUCCCGUGUGCAGGUGCUCCGUGCGGCGCAGUUUCUUGGCCAUCGGCUGCUCUCACCACAGCGUCAGGACGAGUCCCGUGCGUGUCCGUCCGCGGAGGUCUUUCUCUUCUCGCUCGGCUGCGGGAAAUCGAGCUGAAGCGACUGAGUCCGCGAUGGAGAGAGAAAAGGAACAGUUCCGUAAGCUCUUUAUUGGUGGCUUAAGCUUUGAAACCACAGAAGAAAGUUUGAGAAACUACUACGAGCAAUGGGGAAAGCUCACAGACUGUGUGGUUAUGCGGGAUCCUGCAAGCAAAAGAUCAAGAGGAUUUGGCUUUGUAACUUUCUCAUCUAUGGCUGAGGUUGAUGCUGCCAUGGCUGCAAGGCCUCAUUCCAUUGAUGGCAGGGUGGUUGAGCCAAAACGUGCUGUGGCAAGAGAGGAGUCUGGGAAACCAGGAGCCCAUGUGACUGUGAAGAAACUGUUCGUGGGUGGAAUUAAGGAAGAUACUGAGGAGCAUCACCUUAGAGAUUACUUUGAAGAAUAUGGAAAAAUUGAUACUAUUGAAAUAAUUACUGAUAGGCAGUCUGGAAAAAAAAGAGGCUUUGGCUUUGUUACCUUUGAUGACCAUGAUCCUGUGGAUAAGAUUGUCUUGCAGAAAUAUCACACCAUAAAUGGUCACAAUGCAGAAGUUAGAAAGGCAUUGUCUAGACAAGAAAUGCAGGAAGUCCAAAGUUCUAGGAGUGGAAGAGGAGGAAACUUUGGUUUUGGAGAUUCUCGAGGUGGCGGUGGCAAUUUUGGACCAGGACCAGGAAGCAACUUUAGGGGGGGUUCUGAUGGAUAUGGAAGUGGACGUGGAUUUGGGGAUGGCUAUAAUGGGUAUGGAGGAGGACCUGGAGGUGGCAAUUUUGGAGGUAGCCCUGGUUAUGGAGGAGGAAGAGGAGGAUAUGGUGGUGGAGGACCUGGAUAUGGCAACCAGGGUGGGGGCUACGGAGGUGGUUAUGACAACUAUGGAGGAGGAAAUUAUGGAAGUGGAAAUUACAAUGAUUUUGGAAAUUAUAACCAGCAACCUUCUAACUACGGUCCAAUGAAGAGUGGAAACUUUGGUGGUAGCAGGAACAUGGGAGGACCAUAUGGUGGAGGGAACUAUGGUCCUGGAGGAAGUGGAGGAAGUGGGGGCUAUGGUGGAAGGAGCCGAUAUUGAGCUUCUUCCUACUUACCAUGGGCUUCACUGUAUAAAUAGGAGAGGAUGAGAGCCCAGAGGUAACAGAACAGCUUCAGGUUAUCGAAAUAACAAUGUUAAGGAAACUCUUAUCUCAGUCAUGCAUAAAUAUGCAGUGAUAUGGCAGAAGACACCAGAGCAGAUGCAGAGAGCCAUUUUGUGAAUGGAUUGGAUUAUUUAAUACCUUACUGUGGAGGAAGGAUUGUAAAAAAAUGCCUUUGAGACAGUUUCUUAGCUUUUUAAUUGUUGUUUCUUUCUAGUGGUCUUUGUAAGAGUGUAGAAGCAUUCCUUCUUUGAUAAUGUUAAAUUUGUAAGUUUCAGGUGACAUGUGAAACCUUUUUUAAGAUUUUUCUCAAAAAGUUUUGAAAAGCUAUUAGCCAGGAUCAUGGUGUAAUAAGACAUAACGUUUUUCCUUUAAAAAUUUAAGUGCGUGUGUAGAGUUAAGAAGCUGUUGUACAUUUAUGAUUUAAUAAAAUAAUUCUAAAGGAAA